AUGGAUUCGAAUGUAAGGGAUUUCAUAGCAAAGGAAGUUCCAGAUUGGAACGACGAAGUAAUCGCCGUUGCUCGAUUCAAGGCCUUUUCCGGUCAAAGAUCCGAUUGGCAACCAAAUUUCCUCUUCUGGAGAGAUUUGAUCAUCAAAAUCGCUUCCCAUUUUCGUUUCAUCCUCAUUCGACCUUCUCAGGUCAAGAAUGAUUGGUUUAAUCGAGGAGGAUUAACCCCUUUGUGUAUCGAUGAUGUUCUGUCUCUAAUGUAUAAUGAAGGUGACAUCACAAGACCUGGGAAUCUUAUUGAUCCAACGAGUGGAAGAUUCUCCCAACUAGUCCGAAAAGUGACCAACUUAAUAUCCCGACCAGCUGCAACUGAUAUCAUGGCUGAAGAAUCCGUGGUCCUGACUCCUCUGCUUAAGGAUAAGGCUGCUGAGGUUGUAAAACAUCUAUCAGAAAGUCACUGGAAUUCAUCAUGUAUCAUCACAAUGAAGAAAUUUCAGGAGAUAUGUGGAGGGCCUGAUGAAGCUUCUGUAAUGUUGAGGUAUCUGUCAGGGCGUAGAACAGCACAGUAUCUGUCUGUCCUUAAGAAUGAAUUUGUAGAGGGGGUAAAAGUUUUGCUCUCAGAAGCAGCAUUAUCUGGCGUCUCUAAUUUAGAUUGUGAUGUAUUAUACUUGAUUUGGACAAUCGAGAAGCUUCAGCAACAAUUAGAUGUGAUUGACAGGCGUUGUGAAUUGUCAAGAAAGUCAGCAGUGGCUUCUCUACAUUCUGGGAACCGAAAAAUAGCUCUCAGGUAUGCAAGGGAACUGAAGUUGGCCACCCGGAGUAGAGAAAAAUGUUCAUCACUUUUGAAUAGAGUAGAGGAAGUACUCGGUGUUAUUGUUGAUGCCGAGUCAACAAAAAAGGUUUCUGAAGCUAUGAAGAUUGGAGCACACACAAUGAAAGAAAAUAAGAUAAGCGUGGAAGAUGUUGAUCAUUGUUUAAGAGAUGUCCAAGAGAGCAUUGAUUCACAGAAGGAAAUUGAGAAGGCACUAGAGCAAACUCCAUCAUACACAGAUAUCGAUGAUGAAGAUAUUGAAGACGAACUCGAAGAGUUAGAGCUGGCUCUUGAGAAAGAGGCUCAAGUUCAUACACCAGAAAAGACUAGUACCAGUGAAGAAGCAACUGCAACUUUGGAAGCCUCUAAAUUACUUAGUGAAACUCUCUCAAAUCUCAAACUUUCAGACAAUGCAGUAGGAAAGUCAAGAAUCACUCAGACGACAUCAAAAGGAGAGAAAACGGCGAAUUUAGCAAUGUAA